UUAUCACCUUCUCACUUCACCGAAGUCCAUAUGCCGAAAUUAUUGAAUGGUUUCUACAACAACAGCCAUCAUGGCAUAACGCCCGAACUUGGAGAGGCGCAGCCCAAACUACUGCCUAGCCCUUAUAAAAAUAAAAGACAACAAAGCAAGUUCUGUAUGUUUUCCGUGAUAAUCGAACGCGCCACCUCGGCAGGUAAACGCGCCGAGAUUGAGGAUGUGGACACGCCACUCGAAUCCAUGCUGCAGCCGGAACCAGCAGAACAAGUUUGUCUACUGCGUGACAGUCCGUACAGGAUAUUAAGGGCGGCUGAAUCGGGAAACUUGGAUGAGUUCAAGCGUCUGUAUCAAGCAGACAACGAACGUUUGUCUAUAAAAGACGGCAAAGGUCGGACGGCAGCACACCAAGCGGCCGCACGAAAUCGUGUAAAUAUAUUGCGAUACAUAAAUGAUCAGAAUGGAAAUUUUAACGCAAAAGAUAAUGCGGGCAAUACUCCAUUGCAUGUGGCAGUUGAAAACGAUUCGUUCGAUGCAAUUAGUUAUUUGCUAUCCAUCCCUGUCGACACCGGUUUGCACAACGAGAAAAAGCAAGCGCCGGUCCAUUUGGCAACUGAACUAAAUAAGGUACAAGCAUUGCGGGUGAUGGGCAAAUAUCGAAAAGUUAUCGAUAUACAACAAGGUGGCGAACAUGGACGUACUGCAUUGCAUUUGGCUGCCAUAUAUGAUCAUGAGGAGUGCGCCAGGAUAUUGAUAACCAAAUUCGAAGCAUGCCCCCGUAAACCUUGCAACAACGGUUAUUAUCCCAUACACGAAGCGGCUAAAAAUGCCAGCUCCAAAACGAUGGAAGUCUUCUUGCAGUGGGGCGAACAACGUGGCUGUCCACGCGAAGAGAUGAUAUCCUUUUACGAUUCCGAGGGCAACGUGCCACUUCAUUCCGCCGUUCAUGGCGGCGAUAUCAAAGCGGUGGAAUUGUGUCUGAAAUCUGGCGCGAAAAUCUCUACACAGCAACAUGAUCUCUCGACGCCGGUGCAUUUGGCGUGCGCACAGGGCGCUAUCGAAAUCGUGAAACUCAUGUUCAGCAUGCAACCUUCUGAGAAGCUAACUUGUCUCAGCUGCACCGAUGUUCAGAAGAUGACGCCUCUUCACUGCGCUGCUAUGUUUGAUCACCCGGAUAUUGUUGAGUAUUUGGUGAAGGAAGGCGCUGACAUCAAUGCGCUCGACAAGGAACAUCGCCCACCGAUCUUAUUGGCCGCUUCACGUAACGGUUGGAAAACUGUGCAUCUGCUGAUACGUCUCGGUGCUGGCAUUAAUGUCAAGGACGCAUCGUCACGUAAUGUUUUGCAUUUUGUGAUUAUGAAUGGCGGGCGUUUACCAGAAUUCGCAGAUGAAGUGAACAAAAAACAAUCGCAUUCUCAAUUAGUACAGCUGCUUAAUGAAAAGGAUGCUUCUGGCUGUUCGCCAUUGCACUAUGCCAGUCGUGAUGGACAUAUACGUUCUUUGGAGAAUCUUAUUCAAUUGGGCGCUUGCAUUAACCUCAAGAAUAACAACAACGAGAGUCCAUUACAUUUUGCGGCACGUUAUGGUCGCUUUAAUACCGUUAAACAGCUACUGGACUCGGAGAAAGGAUCUUUCAUAAUCAACGAGAGUGAUGGAGAAGGACUCACACCACUACAUAUCGCCUCCCAACAAGGUCACACGCGUGUGGUACAAUUUUUGCUAAAUCGGGGCGCGCUUUUACAUCGAGAUCACAAUGGACGUAAUCCUCUGCAUUUGGCCGCGAUGUCGGGCUAUACACAGACCAUUGAGUUGUUGCAUUCCGUGCACUCACAUCUACUCGAUCAAGUCGACAAGGAUGGUAAUACUGCCUUGCACUUGGCCACCAUGGAGAAUAAACCACACGCCAUCUCGGUGCUACUCUCAAUGGGUUGCAAACUCUUCUACAACUACAUGGACAUGAGCGCCAUCGAUUAUGCCAUCUACUAUAAGUACCCCGAGUCUGCACUCGCCAUGGUCACACAUGAAGAUCGCGCCAAUGAGGUGAUGGCAAUGCGUUCCGACAAAUACCCCUGUGUUAUACUGGCACUAAUUGCUUCAAUGCCAAAGGUGUUCGAGGCCGUUUUGGAUAAAUGUAUAACCAAGGCGAAUUGUAAGCGUGAUUCAAAGAGCUUUUACAUUAAGUAUUCGUUUUCCUUUCUGCAAUGCCCCUUCAUGUAUGCAAAAUUGGAUGAAAAAACCGGUGAAUCGAUAGUUCAUUCGAAUCCGACACCAUUGCCAGCGUUGAAUACGAUGGUCACACAUGGACGUGUCGAACUGCUUGCCCAUCCACUCAGCCAAAAAUAUUUGCAAAUGAAAUGGAAUUCAUACGGCAAAUACUUUCAUCUUGCCAAUUUAUUGAUCUAUUCAAUAUUUCUUCUAUUCGUCACCGUGUUUUCUUCGCUUAUGAUGAACGACAUUGAAAUUCGUCCUUUGGCAGUAAACUCAACUGUUUUGAACAAUUGGAGACUAUCGCUCACUAAUGACAGCAAUUUGAAUUCUACAACAAAUAUUAAUAACACCGAUCCUGAAUGGUCUGAAAAUCUAACGGACGGAGGUGAAUCGUUUGCAAUGAAAUAUGGUGAGACCUAUGAGUGCCUGCAACAUUCUACCGCCUUGGUAUUCUGCGCUGUAGCAAUCGUCGUUUAUAUCGGCUGCAAUUCUUUACGCGAAUUUCUACAAAUGUAUCAACAACGCUUACACUACAUAUUCGAGAUAGUCAAUUUAAUAUCAUGGAUUCUAUACAUAUCCGCCUUGAUCAUGGUAUGGCCUGUAUUCUGCUCUGAUGGUAAUAUAUCGACUGUGCACUACUCGGCUGCGGCAGUGGCGGUAUUUUUAUCGUGGUUCCGUCUAUUGCUCUUUCUACAACGAUUCGAUCAAGUUGGCAUAUAUGUUGUGAUGUUUUUGGAGAUACUACAAACUCUGAUAAAAGUGCUGACCGUGUUUUCAAUACUUAUCAUUGCUUUCGGUUUAGCAUUUUACAUUCUUUUAUCAAAGAUAAACGAUGCGCAGCCGAAUCAUUUAUCGUUCUCCAACAUACCGAUGUCACUGUUGCGCACUUUUUCAAUGAUGUUGGGCGAACUGGACUUUGUGGGCACCUAUGUUAAUACCUUUUACCGUGACCAGCUGAAAGUGCCAAUAACAUCAUUUCUGAUUUUGAGUGUAUUCAUGAUUAUCAUGCCGAUUCUGCUAAUGAAUCUACUGAUCGGUUUGGCGGUUGGUGAUAUUGAGUCUGUCAGACGAAAUGCGCAGCUCAAGCGGUUAGCUAUGCAGGUGGUUUUGCAUACCGAGCUGGAGCAUAAAUUGCCUCAAAUGUGGCUACAAAAAAUUGAUAAAAUGGAGCUCAUCGAAUAUCCAAAUAACACGAAGUGCAAAUUGGGUUUUCUGGAUAUUUUUUUGCGCAAAUGGUUCUCGAAUCCAUUCAGUGAGGAUAGUACCAUGGAUGCAAUUGCCUUCGAGAGCAACGACGAGUUUAUCAAUGUUGAAUUGGAGCGCCAACGUCGUAAAUUGCGUGAUAUCACACGACUAUUGGACCAACAACACCAGCUUUUGCGUCUGAUUGUACAGAAAAUGGAAAUCAAAACCGAGGCUGACGACGUGGAUGAAGGUGUAUCACCACAUGAUCUAAAGGCCAUGUCAAACUACAAUAAUGGACCAGCACUAGGCUCACGAUGGACUUCACCUCGAAUACGCAAUCGACUACGCGCGGCGCUCAGUUUUAAUAAGAGUCUCUAUGAAUAGAGACGACUAACUUAGUUGAGAAACAUAUAGACAAAUAUUUAAGAUAUACACGUAAAUACAUAUAUCAAAAUUGUGGUACAUAUGUAUGUAUAUAGGUGAACCACAACUUUUAAACUAUAAGCACUAAAAAACUAAGAAACUGUACCUAUGUAACUUAUUCCCUGAAGGAUUUAUUACGAGCCAUGCAAAAAAGCACAACGCUCGUACAUUGAAACAACAACAAGUAAUGGAUGAAUUGUCUACUUUCGGGAGCAAUCGAACAUUUAACACCUAGCGCAUGUUGCUUAGCCAUAUAAAGCGCAUACCUAUUUUUUUAACGUUCACAGCGUUUGAAAACUCAUGCGAAAUUGGAAUGCAUACUAAAUUCCGUUUGUAGUAAAAAAAACCAAAAGGCAGUUUUUAUACCAAGUGUGCGCAA